AUGAGCAGGCUUCAAAUUAGUAGACCAGCCGUGAAGGAUAAACUAUACUCUCUGGGUAUUGAACAAGAAAGAGGAAUUUGGAUUGGGGCCUUGGCAGCAUCGAAAAUUACCUCGAUGGAAAUGGACAAACCAUGUGAAAGAUCAAAAAGGCCUGUUUCUUCCGACCUCCCGCCCUCAUCCGAAUCAGGGGGACCAUUCAGGGACUGGGAAUGGAAUCCACCUCAGCCUGGUUCGGCAUUUCAGGAACGAAGUCCAUCGAUGGAUGGACGGUUUCAUCCAGAUCAUGGCUUUAAUUCUGAGGCGAAAGAAGGACCUGAGGAUGAGAUACCCAUUGCGUACAUGCUUAGACACAGAUUCGGACUCGCGAUUGCCAAGCUACUGGCUGACGUUGACAGUUCCACCUCGAGCGAUUCAUUAUCCUCAACUUGGAAUCAUGACUUAUUCUGA